AAGCCCCAUUCGAGAUUUGGGGACCCAAAGCGGGAGUCUGUCUUUUCCCAGGACGUCAUGGCGCCUACGCUGAAUGUCGGGGUCCUGGUCGUGGCGGGGAUGAUGGGCCUUGUAGUCCUGUUCUUUCUCCCGGAGGUGGAGAGCGCGGGGAAACCCCGAGAGCAGUUCCUCUUCCAGGAGAAGGCCGAGUGCCACCAUCGCAACGGGACGGAGCGGGUGCGCCUCCUCGAGCGCCACUUCUACGACCGGCAGGAGAUCGUCCGCUUCGACAGCGACCGCGGGGAGUUCGAGGCCGUCACGACCCUCGGGGAGGACCAAGCCCGGUACUUCAACAGCCAGAAGGACUUCCUGGAGGACAGGCGGAGGGCCGUGGAUUAUUUCUGCCGCCACAACUACGGCAUCUACGAGCCCUUCCUGAGAGCGCGCAAAGUUCAGCCCAAGGUGAAGAUCACCCCCUCAGAGGACUCUUUCUCCUCCUCCUCCCGCCACACUUUGCUGAUCUGCGAUGUGGCCGGAUUCUGGCCUUCUGCCAUCAAAAUCACCUGGUUCAGAAACGGGGAGGAGGAAGACGAGGCCAAAGUGUUCCACACGGAUCUGACCCGAAAUGGAGAUUGGACCUUCCAGAUCCAGGUGAUGCUGGAAACUCAGCUGGAACAUGGAGACGUCUACACCUGCCAGGUGGAGCACGCCAGCUUCCCAGAGCCCGUCACCAUCCAGUGGGGUGAGAAAACGGAUUCCUCCAGGAGUAAGAUGUGGACAGGAGUGGCAGGAUUUGUGCUGGGGCUGGUCUUUCUGGCACCUGGACUCUGUCACUACGUGAAGACUAAAAAAGGGCAAGCCGUUCGUCAACCUCCAGACGCCCUGAUGAACUAAACUUUCCAUGAUGUAGAGAAGCAGCUUUCCUUCCUGCCAGUGGCUGUCUUUCCUCACUAAGAAGAUGCAAACGCUGGAGGGUGCAGAUAACCAAAAAUAGUUCUAUCUGCACUCUUCCAAAACUGGCCAAGGUUUUGCCUUUGAUUUCUUUCUAGUGUUGCGUGCAAAAGUUUUCAUGGGACAUCUUCCAGGUUGGGGUGAGGGCAGAGCUGAAUCCUGCUCUGUUACCAUACGCUGUGCUCCCUGCAUGUGUUCCUACAAUCUGUCUGUGUACAUUAAAAUGUGUAUAUUGAAAUAAUUGCAACUUGGAGGGGGAAAAAAACCAAAUCCCACUUUGUGGGCUGUGGGGCGUGGCAUAGGGAAGAUGAAAUAUCCUGGGUGUUUUUCUUGCACUCAUUUUGUUGACAACUGCCUACUGGGCCAAGGAGGGUGGAGGGAAGAGGUGUGCAGGUCUCCUGCUCUGGGUUCCAGGAAUGCCAUCGUCUUCCAUGUCCCACCACCUCCCCUUCUUUGAGACCUCAAAAUGAGGAAGGUCAGAUCCAGGACCGUCUCCUGGAGCAGGACAAAUGUUGUACGUGUCAGAACAGAUGUGGACCCAAAUCCAGUCCCCAAGGUUGUCCUUUGGGAGGGGGACAAUGGUUGGCCACUCUCCCUCUGGUCUCCUGUUUCGGGGAGAUGGACCUCCCCGAUCUGGUUUGUUUGCAAUACUAUCAACAAGCCAGCGGCACACUGGCAGUCGAUCUCUGACGCUCAAAAACCUCUCCCUGUAGUGUACGCCUUAGCUGUCGCAAUGAAACAAUUCCUUUUGCAGAUCUUGAUCACAUUUCUGGAGCAUGUUUUCCUGAAUAAAAUGCUGUGUCGCCUCUC